AUGGCGACGGUCAGCCGCGGGAGGACAAACGGAGCAGCGUACGACGAUGGAAACGACAUGGACAGUUCGUCUGUUGGUGGUCAGAUGCGCCACAAGCUCCAGGCGCUCCUCGACGAAAAGGAGCGGCAGCUCCAGCAGGUAGAAGCCCUCAGCCAGCGCGUCCUAGCGCAGCAAAUGGAGCUUGAAGAGCGAAUAAACCAGAUUGCAGAGCUCGACGAGGCCGGCACUGGCGCCAACACGGACGAGGAGAGCGAAAUGCGCGCACAACUCGACGACCUCGCACAGACGAUGCACGGUUGGGCUACAGAAAAUGAAACACUCUGGAACGGAGCAGUCGCAAAGGAUACGCUGGCAGACACUCCCCAGUUUCAAGCAGACUCACAACCUGCCUCGCAUGGUCCCUCUGCUGCGCAAUCGUCGCGUCGAGCAAAAAACGCAGCUCACCGCGCGAAUGAUGUCGAAUUUGCAUUCGAGAUUGGAAGCGGCCUGCUGACAGAGAUUCGACGACUUCAAAGCCUCUUGGCCGAGCGCGACAAAACGCUCCAGGACAUGAAAGAUGAGAGGGACGACCUCGAACGCUCCAUCGACAGCCUUAGGACAGCACUGAGAACACAGGAAGCGAAUGCAGGCAUAGAGGAAAACUGGAACCUCGAAGUCUCACUGCAAGAAAUGCGAACACAACUCUCCAAUACCCAAUCAUCUCUAGAACGCUCAGAGUCGGAACAAAAGCGCAUGCAAAAGCAAAUGACAACGCUGCGCGAGGCGUCCGAAGGCCACAAGUCUGAAUCGGAAAAGUUGGCCAACCAGCUGCAAGACUUGCGCACAAAGCACGAGACGGACGUUGCCCAAAUGCGCAAACAGGCCGCCACUCUUCAGCGCGAAAAGGGAGAACUACAGACAAACGUCGAAACGUUGAAAGCCGAGGUGGCCAAGAAAGCCAAAACGGUUGCCCGGUUCGGCAGCCCGAUGACCCCAAACGACGCGCGCUUCCUCACCCCCGCUCGUGGCGGCGACUUGGAGGAAGAGGAUGGAGGAGAGGAUGUAUUCGGCACUGCGGCGUCGACACGUCGCAGAAUGGAUAGCUCCCUCAUCUUUGGUGAAGGAGGGUACGAUCUCGAUUUGGACGUCUACUCGCCCGAUGUGUCCCCCAUCAAGAACCCCAAUAUCAACCGUCUGUCCCCGGCGAUUCCUAAUCACACGGCUGCGGAAAUCGAGGCGCUCAAGCAGAGUCUGGCUCAUGCCCAUCGUCAAAUCGGGACGCUCAAGAGCUCGUUGGCAAGAGAGCGACAGCUGCGUACGGAGUAUGGUCGAAAGCUCGGUGCAGCCGGUGAAGAGGUUGCGCCAGAAGAGCCAGAGAACGAAGAGGACUAUGAGGACGAACCAGGAGAGCUCCCACGUGUUACACCACUUCGAGCCGGUAGAGGGCGGGGUGGACGACGAGUCGUGGGCAAUCGUCCAGGUGCCAGAACGAGCCUCGCCGCCAAAUUGGCUGCCGCUGCCAAAGCAGGCCAGUCCCAGACCCUCGAAAGCCAAUUCACCGGACACGAACUCCCUCUUGCCGACUUUUCGAUGGAACCUGAAGAAUGGGUCGACGUUGAUGACGACGGAAUGCGACGACGAUCUGAAGACCGCGAGUCUGUUGCUGGUUCUGGCGAGAACGUACGCAAGAGUCUUGAUGAGGACGCACUCGGCAGAAAGCACAAGACGCAGAGCAUCAUUAGCAUUGCCAGCAGCAUGGACGGUAUGGAUCCUGUAUACGCCAACGUGCUCAAGGGCGCACGCGACUCGCGUGUUUCGAGCGAGAUGGGUCGCCCCUCUAUCGAUUCGACUUCUGCUCCCGUUGACAAGUCUCGUCGUGGUAGAAAGGUGCAAGACGAGUCGCGACCUGGUUCCAUCUUUGAGGCUCCUGGAACUCUGGCGUCUGAACUUGGCGGUGGGCUUGCGGAUGCCAGCGUUGUCGACGACGAACGGUUGCGAGCUGAGUUGGGUCUGGGUGAAGAGGAUAUCGAGGAAGAGAUUGAAGAGGAUGACGAAGAUGUGUUUGUGUCUCCGCGACCCAAGCAUGUCGCGUCUACUUCGAUUGCAAGCACUGCUGCUGCUCCCUCUGUCGUCGCUGCUCCAAAGGUGGAGACACAGGAUAUGGGCAUUCAGUGCGACCUUCUCCUACCACCAACCCCUCCUCCUGUCGUUGAGCGAGCGAGUAUGUCCAUUCAGACCGACGAAGAACCAGCACCACCACCGCCUCCCGUCAUCGAGCGAGCGAGCAUGUCUAUCCAGACCGACGAAGAACCAGUACCACCACCACCCCCAGCCCGGUUUGAGCUCUCGAUACAAACCGAUCCGAUCAUCGUCGAGACUCAGAGCGUCGCGGUAGAGACGGAUGCCGUGCCUGUGCGUCAGUACGCUGACGCUAGCUCGGAGACGAUCGAGCCACCGACUGAGCCCGUCGUCCCGAGGAAGGUUCCUAUCGAGCAUGUUGGUGUCGCAGUCGGUGCGGCUGCUGCUGGAGCCGCUGGAGCUACGGUAUUGGCGACACAGGAGAAGAGAAUGUCCAGGCCACCGCCUUCUGCGUUCAAGGACCCGACAGAUCCACUGCCUUCUGGCCGCUCUAGCCGCUUCAGCACGGAUGGUGAGACGGAGUACGAAGAUGCACGAGAGACAAUUGGAGCCACGACACCUGCGCAGUCUAUGGGCGACGGUGAUUUCCACUCUAUCAACGACUUUGGAGGGAGCGACGAUGACGAGGACGAAGAUGGCCAAGAGACUGAAACGGACAGCGCGGAGAGUAUCAGAGUCACGCGCAUGGACUUUAAGCGUCCUGGUAUUGGCUCGCAUGCGAAUACGGCCCAGGAUGUCACCAUUCGUGACGUUGCAGUGGGCACUGAUGAGGAGAUGGAAGCGUCUGAUAAGAGAGACACGAUCAAGCCGGAGCCUAUCAUCAAGAUUGUCGAGGUUGAGAAGCCCAAGCCUGAAGUCAAAGAGGUCUCUAUCCAGACCGACGAGUGGAAGCCCACGCUUCCGCCAGGAGCUCAGUUGUUCGCGGUCGGACCUCAAUCUCAACAGUUCCAGUUUGUCUCUGGGCCGAACACACCCGGAGUCAGCUCUGUUGCUCUGCCUACAGCAGCUGGUGUGGCAGCCGCGGCGGCGCUCAAACCUGCAUUGCGUGAUGGUGGUGCACAGCGCUCCAGAGUUGGUACUGGAGCGUCAAUCAACUCUGCUCUUACCGACCCAUCGCGUUCACGAGUGCCCUCUGGUACGCUCGCUGCUGCUAACGUGCCGAAGCCAGUCGAUCGCACACGUCCACCGACAAUGAUGCUGCCUCCUCCACCCCGUCUUCCUCCUCCACCUACUACAUCGCCAACUCUCACUUCAUCGGCGGGCAGUAUCAAGGCUGGUCCGUCCAUGGGUCCACCUCCGCGACCAAUGUCACCACCUCCAGCUGAACUCAUCCAGCGCGCUACUACACCUACUAUUGGUCGAAAUAGCACACUUGCUGUACCAGCUUCGAUGGGACGAACGGCCAGCAACCCCUCGACUCGGCCUCCGAGCGCAGGCUCUAUCCCUCCUGCAUCCGCACGACAAGUCCGCUCUGCUGUAAACGGUGUAACCUCUGGUGGCGAAGAGGGCCAUGAAUCGUUUGACGACAAGAAUGCGCGAGGUGCCAAGUCAAUGGCUUCAUUGACGUCGAGCAGACACUCUGUGUCCUCUCGUCGACCGUCCAUCACGUCUUCGAUUUCUUCGGAGCAUCAGGGCAGCGGCAUCCGCUCAGUGACUGAGGCGCCAAAGUCCCAAGCCCUCAUGGCCGCGAGCGGGAUGGGAGCUAUGGCUUCCCGACCCACUGGAGAAGGCGCUACGGAUCCUGCUAUCAUUCACGCGAUUACACAGACGAUGAUUGGCGAGUUCUUGUACAAGUAUACGCGAAAGCCUAUUGGCAAGAAGUAUACCGAGCGCAGACACAGACGGUAUUUCUGGAUCCAUCCGUAUACAAAGACCAUCUACUGGAGUGCGGAAGACCCGGGAUCGACCAAUGUGCACGAGUCUAGCGCCAAGAGCGCGUAUAUCGAGUCGGUCAAGAGUGUCAUGGACCCCAAUCCGAUGCCACCCGGUUUGCAUCAGUACAGCGUCGUUGUCACCACCGCGAACAGGGAGAUGAAGUUUACCGCUCCCACAAAGGAGAGGCACGACAUCUGGUUCAAUGCUCUGAGUUAUCUCAUUGCUCGACCCUCUGCCAACACUCCUUCCCAACCGUCGCAAUCGGCCACCCGUGUGGCCUUGAGUCCGACUUCAGCAAAUCAGCGCCAGGCUUCUCAAACAAACGAGGAACCCAGACGUAUGGAGUAUAGUCCUCGCAGUCAAAAGAGUGGUCACUCCGCUGUCACUAUUGAUACGUACAACACGCCGCGAGCGCCGCGAAGCGUCUCGAGGAUGUCUAAUCCAUACGGCUCUGUCGGCAAGCGCUCGGGAACUGCUGCGGCCGAAUUUAUGCGUUGGAACAGCGAUGCCCCGGCCAGUCCAUCAAGAAUGGAGGACAAUACACACGCACAAGACUCCGAGUUCCAACUACACGAUGAUCCAGAGGAUGCCUAUGACGGCCUGGAAAACGUACGAGCAUGCUGCGAUGGCAAGCACGAUGUUGGAGCAUUGGGUGGCCGCCAUCACCAUCAUCAUCAUCACCAUCACCAACAGCAACAGCAACAGCAACAACAACAACGGGGUACCGUUAGAGGAGCGGCUGGUGACUCUGGACCCGAGAGACCCGCUUCGCCAUCGGGUUGGAGCUUCCGUAGUGGCCGGCGAGUGUAA